AUGUGUACUACACUGCGCGAGUUUACACGUUGCAGCGCUUGCGAGAAACUGCGCCAUACAAAAAUGUUUCUCACUAAACAUUGCAAGGAGUUCUGGAGAACGGGUGCUUGUCCUCAUGCUUUGUAUCCAACUACAACUUCGUUCAUGGCGCAGCAUGAAUGCUAUUUUUGCAAUCCGACCAGGUGGGAGAAAGAUGAGCAGAAAUAUCGAAAUGAUGCGCACGAUCAGAGGGACGAGGAGGAUGCGAGCGGCGAGGAGACAAGCAACGACGAUGACAGAAAUGGAGAAGAGUCGGAUGACAACACUGAGAAAACAUCUGCUGGUCACGACGAGGUGGACACAACAUAG